UCUUUUAACAUCAUGUAUUGAGCGAUAUUACCUUACUGAAUAAAUAUAAUUUAGACUGUAGCUCUUAAUUUGACGCUUAGAAAUUUACCUGCACAGAAAAUGUCCAAGUACUACUUGAUUAACCUUGCGGGGGGAACCAUAGAGGAGGAGAAAAUGAGAGAAAUUCCUCAUCCUUACCUAGAGUUAGGAUUACAUAUUACCCUGAAGACAACUCAGGCGUUCGCUCUUUUGGGUUUGGGCGCUGUGGGCCCAAUCCUUGGUCUUACUCAAGGAAAAGAUAAGAAAGAAAUGGCCAUGAAGUGCUGUCAAAUGGGAGCAGUUGGUGGAGCUCUAUUUGGACCAGUCCUUUCCAUGUUGACAAUGAAGAAUAUGUCAGCUGAAGGAGCAUAUGACAGAGCCUAUAGAUUGAGAUACAACGCAAAUCAAGUUAAUGUUGAUAGAGUAUCUCUACUUGGAGCAGCAGGAGCAACGGCAGCAGCUUCGUACAUGUUCACUCCGGAUCAGAAAAUGGCACCUAAGGCCUGUGCAGUAGGUCUAGCUGGGGGUGUUGUUCUCGGUUCUCUAUACAACAUGUUAUUCCGUCGUUAA